AUGGAAUACUACACUGUUAGUUUAAUUCUUCAUAACCUUAGGGAAUUUGAAUAUUAUCAGUUUUCUGAUGUACAUUUCUUAAUCUUCUACAGUAUUUAUUUGCAGAAUGAGCUUCAUGGGCGAGCUGCUUUGCAGUGGUCUAUUUGUCAAGAUUCACUUAACAGGUCAGCUGAGGCUCGAGUUAUGUACGAGAAACUGCAGUCUCAUCCAACUGUUGACGUAAGAAAGAAAGCCAAGCAGCUCAACUUCGGGUUCGAGGCCAUGGAAAUGAUCAAGUUUAAGAGCACAUCCCUCCCCAUAAAUUCAGGUUAUCAAAAUUACUUUGACGCUUUUGUAGAAGAAAAAACUGGGUCUGUAAGAGCAGCCGAUGAAGAAGAAGAUAACGUUGCGCUCAAACAAACUAUUCCAUAUGUCAUAUUUCUUCUAGCUCCACUGUUUAUUGUGUUCCUAUUAGCUCUAAGAAAAGCUGUUUCGUUGUAAAGUUGGCUACUGCACACA